GAGGAGGAGGAAGAGUUGCUGCUGAAAGGAGGCGGCGGAGGAGGAGCCGGGGCAGCCGCUGCCAGCCCCGGGCACCGGAGUCCUGCCCGCUGCCGCGCGAGUAGCCACGGGCGCGAUCGGGGCCAGAAGUCGGCUGCUCCAUGAUCACUCUGGGAGCCGGGAGGAGACUUUGCCCGGCCGUGCGAGCGGCUCUGCGUUUCCCAGGCGAGGCAGCGGCGGAGCAGCGGCGGCAGCCGGGUCCCGGUCGGAGCGACCAUAGCCCGGGGCGUGUGCGCCCCGCGUGGAGAAGGCUCGGGUUCCCCACGGAAUGUCCCCGGGGCGCCCGGCGCGCUGACUCCCCAGCCGCCUCCGCCUUCGGCGCUCGCCGCCUCUCGCGGUCUGGCUCACUGUUCGGGACUGCAGGCUCCGGGGCUUCUGGGCAGGGGGGAAGCCCCCGGGGGCGGGUGUCCUCAGCGGGCCACGACCCAGCCCUCCCCCGUGCGUAUCUCGCUUAAGAUGGCAGCGGAGUCAGGGGAACUAAUCGGGGCUUGCGAGUUCAUGAAAGAUCGGUUAUAUUUUGCUACUUUAAGGAAUAGACCAAAAAGCACAGUAAAUACCCACUAUUUCUCCAUCGAUGAGGAGCUGGUCUAUGAAAAUUUCUAUGCAGAUUUCGGACCUCUGAACUUGGCAAUGCUGUACAGAUACUGCUGUAAACUCAACAAGAAACUGAAAUCGUACAGUUUAUCGAGGAAGAAAAUAGUGCACUACACCUGUUUCGAUCAGCGGAAAAGAGCGAACGCGGCGUUUCUGAUAGGUGCUUAUGCCGUCAUCUACUUGAAGAGGACACCGGAAGAAGCCUACCGAGCGCUCCUGUCCGGCUCCAACCCCCCCUACCUCCCGUUCAGGGAUGCUUCCUUCGGAAACUGCACUUACAACCUCACCAUCCUCGACUGCCUGCAGGGGAUCAGAAAGGGACUGCAACACGGGUUUUUCGACUUCGAGACGUUCGAUGUGGACGAGUACGAACACUACGAGCGAGUUGAGAACGGUGACUUCAACUGGAUCGUCCCCGGGAAAUUUCUAGCGUUCAGUGGACCGCACCCAAAAAGCAAGAUUGAAAAUGGCUACCCUCUCCACGCCCCCGAGGCCUAUUUCCCCUACUUCAAGAAGCACAACGUGACCGCCGUCGUGCGGCUGAACAAGAAGAUCUACGAGGCCAAGCGCUUCACGGACGCCGGCUUCGAGCACUACGACCUCUUCUUCAUCGACGGCAGCACGCCCAGCGACCACAUCGUGCGGCGCUUCCUGAACAUCUGCGAGAACACGGAGGGGGCCAUCGCCGUCCACUGCAAAGCCGGCCUCGGGAGGACGGGCACCCUGAUAGCCUGCUACGUCAUGAAGCACUACCGGUUCACGCACGCCGAGAUCAUCUCCUGGAUCCGGAUCUGCCGCCCAGGCUCCAUCAUCGGGCCCCAGCAGCACUUCUUGGAAGAGAAACAGGCGUCGUUGUGGGUCCAAGGAGACAUUUUCCGGUCCAAACUGAAAAACAGGCCGUCCAGUGAAGGAAGCAUCAACAAAAUUCUUUCUAGCUUGGAUGACAUGUCUAUCAGUGGAAACUUUUCCAAAAUACAAAACGCGGAGAGAUUUGGAGAGAAUUCUUUGGAAGAGGAUGAGGAUGUGGAGAUGAAAAACAGCAUAACCCAGGGAGACAAACUACGUGCCUUAAAGAGCCAGAGGCAGCCCCGCUCCUUGCCCUCCUGCGCGUUCAGGUUGGACGACGUCAAGGGGCACCCGAGGGCCAUGUCCCAGCCGUUCAGGCUGCCUUCCUCCCUGCAAGGGUCUGCGUCCACUCUGAAGCCCUCGAAAGUGGCUUCGUCCCCGUCGGCGACGGCCAAGCGGAUCAACAGAGGCUCCCUGUCCUCGGGCGCCAAUAUAAGGAGCUUCUCCAUAAACUCCCGACUGGCCAGCUCCCUCGGGAACUUGAACGCUGCCGCGGACGACCCGGACAACAGGAAGAUUUCGCCCUCCAAGGUGGCCCUCCUGGCCGCCCCCUUCACCAACCUCCUCAACGGCAGCUCCCAGGUGCCUGACCCGAAUUACCCCGAGCUCAACAACAACCACCAGUACGGCCGGGGCAGCCCGCCGGGCACCCAGGGCGCCAAGAGCGAGGAGCAGGCCGCCGUCACCGCCGCGGCCGCAUCCUCCGCUGCCGCCAUCCUCCGGCCCGCCUACCCCGCCGGCCUGUCCUCCUCCGCGGCCCGGUUCCUGAGCCGCUCCAUCCCCUCCCUUCAGUCCGAAUACGUUCCUUACUAAGACCUCGCCCGCCCCUCCGGGGAGAGCCGCUCUCAGACGCGCCGCCCGGACGGACGAGCCCUGGGAGAGAGCGCCCCCUGCCUGCGCGCCGGAGGACUGGCCCCGCCUUCUCCCCAGACCCCCGGCCAGCACCCAAGUCCUGCGAGAGACUUGACACCCCGCCGCCCCCAGGCCGUCCUGGCCCCCGACUGCUGUCCGUGCACUGAGACUCUCCGUUCGUCCACACUUUUUAAGACGGUUUUCCCAUUGACUUUGGUAUUCUGAAAGGUUAUUUUUAAUGUAUUGCGGUAAUACACCUGUUCUUACAUUUACGUGUACAGUGUUACAUUGUGUAUGUAUGGUGAACUUCAGAAGCCUAUUUUGAUAAAUUUAUACAUAUAUAAAAUUACGUCAGAGCUAGACUAUAUUUUGACUUAGAUUUUCUUGCU